GCUAUAGCCUCGUUUCGGUUGCACUCCGAUAUGCCAUAAGUAAACCCUGCAAGGCCAUUGAUCGGUUUGCUCAGUGUCAGAUACGCAUCAGCAUCCUCUGAUCAGACAAGAUGCUCACAGUGACAUUGAUUAGACAUGGAGAGUCCACGCACAACGUGUUAGCUCUGUGGUCGGGCUGCACGGAAUGUCCUCUCACGGAAAGAGGGACGCAGCAAGCACGCGCCGUAGGCGCAUACUUCGCAAACACGCAAUUCACAAAGAUCUACGCGUCCCCUUUACCCCGCGCACGGGACACAGCCCAAGCUGUAUUAGACGCGCAACCCACACCCAAGCCUCCUCAUGAUUUCACCAUCGCCCAGAUCAAAGAACAAAGCUUUGGAGCCGCAGAAGAGCAUCAGCCAUGCAUACGGGAGCCAGGCAAGACGCUCGAAGCUCACUUCGCGGAGGACAUAUACCCGAUUUUAUAUGAAAGCGAGAAACACGUGGCGUUUCCUGGUGGAGAGUCGGUGGAGGAUCUGACAAGGAGGGCUGAGAGGGCAGUGAGGGAGGUUGUGCUUCCUCAUGUGGUGAAUGUUGCGAGGUCUGGGAGGGACGAGCAUAUCGCACUUGUGAGUCAUGGGUUGUGUAUUGCGCAAGUGGUAAGCGCAAUUGUGAGAUUGGGUGGGGGAACAUGGAAGCGAAAAGGACCCAUGGUUAAUACGGCUUGGGUGAGGGUAGAGGUGCGGAUUCAGGAUGGGAUGUCCGUGGAAGUCACAGACGAUGAGGUUCCUCCGGUAGAAGUGACAGUGACGGAGGAGGGCAGAGCGGAUCACCUUGAAGGCCUUCUCGACGGAGGCCCACUUCUUGGCAUAAAAGCGAUCAUGGGUGGAGGAGUGGUGGAUGCAAAGAGCCCAAAUGAGGCGGAGGCUAUCGCGCAGGCGCCCGCGGUAUAGAGCUUUAUUUGGACAUACAUCACGGUAGACUAGAGUUGUCAGUUGAUCACGGCUGGGAUAUUAAUGUUGUAAUAUGCACUUGUCAACAUCCUGGACUUUGCUGUGCAUGGUUAGCACCACGGGCUCAUUAUUUCCCGG